GUUGCCUGUCCUGACGUAUGUGUCCAAUGGAGCUCUCGAGCCUGACAGCCCACACAAGGCACCACGUAAACAUCCGGCUAGGCGAACAUCAUCUACACAUGACCGUCAUAAGCAACGCAAUGCCAACUUUCAGCAGAGGAGGUACCUACCUCGUCAGAAAAUAGUAUACAUUCCUUUCUAUUGGUGGUGUUGGCUUCAGGCAAGUCUCCCACCGUCCAUACCUUUUACCAGUUUUGCAUCAUGCAUGUUUGGACUCUUUCCGUGCUGCUCUUGACGAGCCUCGCAGGCGGCAGGGCAUCGCCGCUGCAGAAACGGUAUUUCGACUUCGAUGGCAAUGGUCUCCCGGAUCUUUGUUACCAAAUCUGUGAGCUCUCAAUUCGUUGCUUGCUGGUCGACGGGACAUGGACAACCAUUCCUAGCUCUCAACAACUACAUUCUGCCACGGACGCCGGUCCUUUAUCCUUCAUAACCGCACCCGGGCAGACACAAACUACAUCAGAUAUCGCUACGGCCUCGAGCCUGGCUGAGGUCCUAAAAUCCAUCACAACAUCGACCUCUUCGACGACGGCAUCUGCUGCUGUCUCAUCAUCAAUUACCUCGUCGUCAGCGGCCUCAUCUAGCUUUUCGACGACGGUCAGCACGACUCCAUUAUCAUCACCAACAUCUGCCUUCUCCACCUCGUUUACAGUCGGAUCAGAUGCUUUAUUAGUUCAGAGAACAACCGGAAAGUCAAGUUCAUCAACUAAAGCAAGCACCACCAGCACCCACAGUUCGCUGCCGACCGGGAAACUGCCUUCACCCUCGCAAUUCAAAGCAGACAAAGGUGACAAAUGGACCCUGGAUUAUAUGGGCGACCUCAAGUUCACCGACGUUCUUCAGAAGAGAGGUCUUAGAGGCGAUAACUGUCGAACGGGUAAAAUUGGGGACAAGGUCAUUUGGAACUGCGGCGACAUGAUGUGUGGUGAUGACUUGGCCUUAUGCGGCUUCUCCAUGUCACCAGCAUUCUAUGGUACGGACGACGUCAUGCUCGUGAACACCACCGGAAUCAAGAACGUCGCUGAAAACAACUUCGUCCAACCGUGGUCUGGCGACCAAAAGUUUUCGCAGCCCUGGAAAAACUGGGGGAUGUACACAUCGAAUGUGGCGCCAAUCAACUCGACGCACGGCGUGGUCUAUGGCUGGGAACACUGGCGAAACGGACCUGGGGCCAGUUAUCUCAACAGAGGAAACUCGGUGUCAGCGGUGACCCUAGGCGACGACAGGCCCGUUGCUACUCGAGUCGGCCCUCUUUUAACCGGACCACACGCCAUUAUGCUGGGACUUCUUGCGAUUCUGCGGGUUGAUGACUAUAUUUAUGUCUAUUCGGGUGGCGGGCCGUCCCAUACCACCGUUGGCCGUGUCAACGCCUCUGACGACGUGUUCGAUGCUGACAAGUACGAAUUUUUGAAGUUUGGCACCAACGAUACGUGGAUCUCAGGCAUUCCCUCCAACACCACCAAGGAAGUCGGCGCAAUGAUUGAGAACAAUGAAGAGGCCGACUUGUGUGGCGUCUGGGGCUCCGUCGUCUACAACAACUAUCUGAACAAAUAUAUCAUGCUGUGCGGUCAUUAUUCCGAGACCGUUGACAUGUACACCUCGAACACCCCCUGGGGACCCUGGAGAGGUUCAUAUCAGAUUGCAGGUGGUGGCAACUUCUCCGGAAGUUACGGUAUGAUGAUGCAUCCCGAGUAUUCUCCCAGUGGGAAGAGUCACAAGUCCUGGUACUUCUCUCUGGGUCCGAAUUGGGAGUUCAACAUGUACAAAGUCACGUUUGAUUAUUGAGAAUGCCACGCACGACGUCCUCUGUCUGGCGUUGUAGGUAUAGAGAUAGAUAGGAUAUACCAUGGGAGCCAUAGUUUUCUGAAAUCAGCCAGGUCUGAUAUGAUUGCUGAUCAACCAUGCGGGCCAGAGUUUGCGUUGUACUAG